GUACUAAACAGCAAGAAAUUGUUGUUUCCCGUGGGAAAAUCUUGGAAUUGCUUCGUCCUGAUCCAAACACUGGAAAGGUUCAUACCUUGUUGACGGUAGAGGUUUUUGGCAUCAUUCGCUCCCUCAUGGCCUUUAGAUUAACUGGUGGGACCAAGGACUACAUUGUGGUGGGCAGUGACUCAGGCCGCAUCGUCAUCCUGGAAUACCAGCCUUCUAAAAACAUAUUUGAGAAAAUUCAUCAGGAAACCUUUGGCAAGAGCGGCUGCCGCAGAAUUGUUCCUGGACAGUACUUGGCUGUGGAUCCUAAAGGGCGGGCUGUCAUGAUCAGUGCCAUUGAGAAGCAGAAACUUGUGUACAUUCUGAACAGAGACGCAGCUGCUCGGCUCACCAUUUCUUCCCCAUUGGAAGCCCACAAGGCCAACACCUUGGUUUAUCAUGUGGUUGGAGUCGACGUUGGGUUUGAAAAUCCCAUGUUUGCUUGCCUGGAAAUGGAUUACGAGGAAGCUGACAAUGACCCCACUGGGGAAGCUGCAGCAAACACCCAGCAGACACUGACAUUUUAUGAGUUAGACUUAGGUUUGAACCACGUGGUCAGGAAAUACAGCGAACCGUUGGAAGAACACGGCAAUUUUCUAAUAACAGUUCCUGGAGGCUCCGAUGGUCCGAGUGGGGUACUGAUUUGCUCUGAAAACUACAUUACCUACAAAAACUUUGGUGACCAGCCAGAUAUUCGAUGUCCAAUUCCCAGGAGGAGGAAUGAUUUGGAUGACCCUGAGAGAGGCAUGAUCUUUGUUUGCUCUGCUACCCACAAGACCAAGUCUAUGUUUUUUUUCUUAGCUCAAACAGAGCAAGGUGAUAUUUUUAAGAUCACCUUGGAGACUGAUGAGGAUAUGGUCACAGAAAUUCGGCUGAAGUAUUUUGACACCGUUCCUGUGGCUGCAGCCAUGUGUGUGCUGAAAACGGGCUUUCUUUUUGUGGCUUCUGAGUUUGGAAACCACUACCUCUACCAAAUUGCCCACCUUGGAGAUGAUGACGAUGAGCCCGAGUUCUCCUCUGCGAUGCCUCUGGAGGAGGGGGACACUUUCUUCUUCCAGCCCCGGCCUCUUAAAAACCUGGUAUUGGUGGAUGAGCUGGACAGUCUCUCUCCAAUUUUGUCUUGCCAGAUUGCUGAUCUUGCAAACGAAGAUACCCCUCAGCUGUAUGUGGCAUGUGGAAGGGGGCCUCGUUCGUCUCUGAGGGUCCUGAGACACGGCCUGGAGGUGUCUGAAAUGGCAGUCUCCGAGUUGCCCGGUAAUCCUAAUGCUGUGUGGACAGUGAGGAGACAUAUUGAAGAUGAAUUUGAUGCUUACAUCAUUGUGUCUUUCGUCAAUGCCACCCUAGUCCUGUCUAUCGGAGAAACAGUGGAGGAAGUGACUGACUCAGGGUUCCUUGGUACCACACCCACCUUGUCCUGCUCAUUGCUGGGAGAUGAUGCCUUGGUGCAGGUUUAUCCUGAUGGCAUCAGGCACAUAAGAGCAGAUAAACGAGUUAACGAAUGGAAAACACCUGGGAAAAAAACCAUUGUCAAAUGUGCUGUGAAUCAGAGACAAGUGGUGAUCGCGCUGACUGGAGGAGAGCUGGUUUACUUCGAGAUGGAUCCAUCUGGGCAGCUGAAUGAAUACACGGAAAGGAAGGAGAUGUCGGCCGAUGUUGUGUGCAUGAGUUUGGCAAACGUUCCACCUGGAGAGCAGCGCUCCCGUUUCCUUGCGGUUGGGCUGGUAGACAACACUGUACGAAUCAUUUCCCUUGAUCCCUCAGACUGUCUGCAGCCUCUGAGCAUGCAGGCUCUCCCUGCACAGCCGGAAUCCUUGUGCAUCGUGGAAAUGGGUUGCGCGGAGAAGCAAGAUGAGCUGGGAGAACGGAGCUCCAUUGGGUUUUUGUACCUGAACAUUGGCUUACAGAAUGGUGUGCUCCUCCGGACUGUCCUUGAUCCUGUCACCGGUGAUCUGUCUGAUACAAGAACCAGGUACCUUGGGUCCCGCCCUGUGAAGCUGUUCAGAGUCCGGAUGCAAGGCCAGGAAGCGGUGCUGGCGAUGUCCAGCCGCUCUUGGCUGAGCUACUCCUACCAGUCCCGCUUCCACCUCACCCCCCUCUCCUACGAGACCCUGGAGUUUGCCUCUGGCUUCGCCUCAGAGCAGUGCCCGGAGGGGAUUGUCGCCAUUUCUACCAACACCCUGAGGAUUUUGGCGCUGGAGAAGCUUGGCGCAGUCUUCAACCAAGUUGCCUUCCCAUUACAAUACACGCCCCGCAAGUUUGUGAUCCACCCCGAGAGCAGCAAUCUGAUCAUCAUCGAGACCGACCAUAAUGCUUACACCGAGGCAACCAAAGCCCAGCGGAAGCAACAGAUGGCCGAGGAAAUGGUGGAAGCUGCAGGGGAAGACGAGAGGGAACUUGCCGCAGAGAUGGCGGCUGCUUUCCUGAAUGAGAACCUUCCGGAGUCCAUUUUUGGGGCUCCCAAAGCAGGAAACGGGCAGUGGGCCUCGGUAGUCCGGGUGAUGAACCCCAUCCAGGGAAACACUUUGGACCUUGUGCAGCUGGAGCAGAAUGAGGCUGCCUUCAGUGUGGCUGUGUGCCGCUUUGCCAACACGGGCGAUGACUGGCAUGUCUUGGUGGGCGUGGCCAAAGACCUCAUUCUCAACCCGCGUUCGGUUGCCGGAGGGUUUGUCUACACUUACAAGCUGGUGAAUAAUGGUGAGAAGCUGGAGUUCCUGCACAAGACGCCGGUGGAGGAGGUGCCUGCGGCUAUUGCCCCCUUCCAAGGGAGAGUGCUGAUCGGUGUGGGGAAGCUGCUGCGAGUCUACGAUUUGGGCAAGAAGAAGCUGCUGCGGAAGUGUGAGAAUAAGCACAUUGCCAACUCCAUUUGUGGGAUCCAGACAGUGGGACACAGAGUGAUUGUGUCUGAUGUCCAGGAAAGCUUCAUCUGGGUUCGAUACAAGAGAAAUGAAAACCAGCUGAUCAUCUUUGCAGACGACACCCACCCUCGCUGGGUCACCACUGCCUGCCUCCUGGACUAUGACACAGUGGCUGGAGCUGACAAGUUUGGCAACAUCUGUGUGGUGAGGCUGCCACCCAAUACGAACGAUGAGGUCGAUGAGGACCCGACUGGCAACAAGGCUCUGUGGGACAGGGGCCUCCUCAAUGGCGCAUCCCAAAAAGCAGAGGUGAUCAUGAACUACCACGUAGGAGAAACGGUGCUGUCUCUGCAGAAGACCACCCUCAUCCCCGGAGGUUCCGAGUCGCUUGUUUAUACAACGUUGUCUGGAGGAAUCGGCAUCCUGGUUCCGUUUACAUCCCACGAGGAUCACGACUUCUUCCAGCAUGUGGAGAUGCACCUGCGCUCUGAGCACCCACCUCUCUGUGGUCGAGACCACCUCAGCUUCCGCUCCUAUUACUUCCCCGUUAAGAAUGUUAUUGAUGGAGACCUCUGCGAGCAGUUCAACUCCAUGGAGCCCAACAAGCAGAAGAACGUGUCUGAAGAACUGGACCGGACUCCGCCAGAAGUCUCAAAGAAACUAGAGGACAUCCGUACCCGUUAUGCUUUCUGAGCUGAGCUCGUUGAGGACUUGGUAUAGACUUGUUUUGAAAAUGCAAGAAACUUCCUUGCCUGUCCCCAAUUUGGUUGCCCCUGUUUCUAUCCUGGAGCUCAGUAGGUCAGCAUACAGAGCUCGAGCACUCCAAGGGAUAAUGCCCAAUAAGCCCAUUUCAGCGGAGCUGCCAUGCCACAACCCUCACCCCAAAUCCCGGCCAGUAGCUUCACAGUGAGCUGACCUGAUUGUGCUCAUCCAUUCUGAGUAAGAAAGAAAGCCACGGGGAGGGACAACUGGUUUCCUCCUAACCAGCAUUGUAGAAGUUUUGUCUACUUGGUCAUCCUACUGUUUCUAUUGUUUUUAACUAUGUUGUAAAUAGUUUUGCAUCAAAUUAGUAUUUUGCUCGUUGGAGAGAUGGUGGUUACAAUCUUAAAAGAAUUAAAAAAAUACUGAACUUGCUAGACAGUGUAACAUAGAUUGAAGGAAAUCCUUCUCUGGCAGAGCUAGUCCAUCCAUCCAUCCAUCCUUUGUGGGCAUGAGUUGCAUUUCAGCCUUUUUUCGUAGCCAAGAAACCUUUUGAUGUCCAGCUCCGUGCUUAUUUGACCAAAGAUGACACAGGAUUCCUUUAGAGCUACAUUUUUGCCAGUGGGCUUAGCCAAAUUAUUCCUGUGAUGUGGAUAGAAAUUUUCCUUUAAAAAGUAGAAUUGUGAAGUAAGUGCUUCAGAUUGGAAAAUGAGUGAAGGCAGGGAUCUCUUUAAAGCAGCCAUGUCUUUUCCUGCUGCAGUAGCCCUCGGAGGCCCUUUUGCUUUCAUAUUGGAAGUUCUGCACAGCCUCAAUCCUUUGGCUGUCAAGCCACUCUGUUUACAGAUUGCAGGAGUGUUUGUACAAGUUGUAAGGCAGGAGGGAGAUGAAGCAAAAAACAAAAUUUUGGCGCCGUAGGCUGAGUUUGGGGGCGUGGCAGACCGAGUUACUAUACCUACUUGGCCGAACCCGUCUGAACCCACCUCUGGCUACCCCCCUCCCUCCAGGCAGUUUGUUGGAGAGGAAGGCAGUUCUUCAGGCCAUCCACAUAUUCAGUUGCAGAAAUUGCUGGGAGAGAAUGAAAUUUGUGUAGUCUCAGGACCAAAGUGGGCCUGAGGAGCUAAAGGGAUUCCUUGGCCUAAACUGUUUACGACUUUCAUACACCUACAAACCGUAGACUUGUCUCUUGGGCUAUGGAAAGUGGGGCAAUUGUUUCGUUUCUCAAAUCUAGAAAAGUUUGGGUUUUUUUCUGAUUCUUCAGGAUCACAUGUAUUUAACACAACAGUUGGAAGGGACCCUGGAGGUCUUCUCAUCCAACCCACUGCUCAGGCAGGAAACUUUUCCAGAUGGAGGGAAGGAAGGUAGUUUCAGCCCAGUGCAGCAGCAUAACAGGCCAGGAAAUGAUCUGUGCUGCAGAGGUGGCUUGGUCAACAAACUGGACUAUAUGCCCUCCAGCCAGACUAGACUGUUGUCACACAAAUGCUUUUGGCAACUUCACCGCAAGGCCGGGUGUGAAGUAUGAUGAGCCAUGAUCACCCAAUCGAUUGGGGUUGAAGGCAGUCCUCAAAGCCAUCCAAGAAUAUCUGCAAAAUGUAGAGCUGAGGUUCAGGACAAUUGGACAAAACUCUACAUUUGUUUUAACCAGGGAGGGCAGAAUAAAGAGGAACAAUUUACAUUAAUUACAGUACAACUUUUAUUAAUACUGAAAUCUUCACAGUGCAUUUGUUACCUGUAGCGGUGACUAUUUUGAAUGAAAAAACCCACAACUAAAUGGGAAGAAAGGGCCCAUGUGGAGAAGCUCAGACUAUUAGGAAAAUAAAUUAUGGGAUGGAAAGGAAGAAAAAGUUAACAGCACCAGGACAGUUAACAUCAGCUGACAGACAUUUUAGAAGGCUUGUUUCUUACUGUACAAAACAAAUUGGAAAAGCAAAAAGCAACAAUCUCACAGUGUCACGUUUGAGGUGUGUGGGAAUCACAGGAGGGCUGACGUGUUCAAAGGAAAGUGUUAUCACAAGAGCCGAAGAGUGAGGGGCCUACAAUGAUGUAACACACAGAGAGACAGGUAGAACCAGAUGGGGAGCAAACGGCUAUGUACAUGGGAGGUGAGACCUUCUUCCUCUUGGGAUGCUGGAGUCCUCGUGCUGCUCCCUCAAUGGCCUUUGGGGAGACAGGCGGCCUCUCCGUUGCCAAGGAAGCCUCCAGCCCUUCUGAGUCCACGGCAUACCUUCUCGUGGCCCGAGCUCUUUGCCCCUCAGAACAGGCCGCCUCAGGCUUAAAUGUUCUCCAGAGGUGUAAACUGGAAGUCCCAAGACCAGGUUGGGCAAAACAGUGCCCCAAACCCUACCCUACAUUUCCCAGUUCUAUGCUUACAUUUGAUGUGUGCUUCUUGAAAUAACUCAAGUUUUUAAAAUAUACUUUCCCCUCAACUGAACAUACUGGAAUCCUUAAUGGUGCAAACAGCAGCAAACAUUCGUUUUCAAUUUUGCUUCCUUGUGCCACAUGUGCAUCACAUGUUGACCUCUGGAUGCCACCUGUACCAGACAUGCCAAGCCCAGCAUCAAAAGCUCUGCAACUAAAAACAAGAGAACCAGCAGGAUUGCCAGUUCCCCUUCCUAGCCCUGCCCAAGGAAAGGCAGCUUUUCUCAUGCCUUCCACUCUGCAACCUUUCAAAACCGUCUUCUCUCUCCUACCAUCACUUUCCUUUUGCCAACAGAGACUCAUUUCUAGUUUCAGAGAGAAGUGAAGGUCACCAAUCACCAUUUAGGAGAAGAGCUUUCACAUCUCUUUAGAUCUGGGUCCAGACCAUGGAAAGCUCCAUCGGGUGCCAGCUG